AGUGGGGCAACGACUGAGAUGCAGUUAUUGUGCACUCUGAAAACACAUCCUCAUCUUUUAACUGUCUGGCUUUUCAAUGUCAUUUGACGUACUGUUGACAGCGUAUGUGUGAUCCAUGUCUGAAGAGGCAUAGUCAAAAUAAACACAGGCAAAAUGCUGGUCUGUGAAGCACUUUGUGAUGUGAGUUGUGUUGAAUUUGGUCAUUUGUCUGAUUUCUGAAUUUCCCAGGUUUCAAAGGACACCAUAAAUACACACCAUUAGCAAAGGUGUUUAUGUAAUAUUUUCCUCAGACUCAAGAUGUGGUUUUUAGAUGUCCAUACUUUGGUUCAGGGCUGGAUGUGGAAGCUGCUGAUCCUCUGAGGAGAAGUGGUGAUGAAGAGUGAGGACACAACAACUGUCAUCCCCAGUUCACCGACCACAGGCGAGCAAGCUGCAUGCAGGGAAGCUGCUGUGUUUCUGGGGAGAAGUAACCUUUGUCUCACAACAAGAAGUGAGCAAGUACUUGUACCCGAGCCUCCUAGCUGUUUACGGGCUUUGUCUGCUGCCUAUUUGACAGCAUUUGUUGGGCAAUGUAUCUUGCACAGCAUCUUGAUUUCAGGUUGUUUUUUAAUGGGGCAAAUGGAAGGAAAAAUAACUUGAAACAAACAUUUCCUAUUCUGUGGUAUUUAACAGUGAAAUUGUAAACCACAGAAGGGACCAGGCCUGAUUUAAAGGUCUUUGAAGUCAGCAGAACUGUUUCCACUGAUUUCAAUGUGCUUUGGGUCAAGGCCACAGUAGGAAGAAAACGAAUGUUUUCUGCCCCCCCAAAAGUAUUAACCAUUGGCAUUCAAUGAGCAAUAAAGUCUGAUGUGUAAAAUGGGUUCCUUUAAAUAAGGCAGUCAGAAACUUAAUUUCCAUCUGCUUCCUAAUGACUUGUCACUAAUACACCCAAAAGGAACACAUUUAUAGAAGUCAUAAUCAUAUACUGAGAAGAAAAACACUACCUUAGUUUGCUUCUUAUCUUGCUUUCAUUCCAUUUUCUGUGCAUUGUAUUUCUCACUAACAUAAUGGUGCUUAUGCUGCUGGUUAUGCUAUCACAGCCUAGGCACUGUAGAUUUGCAGUUGAAUUGAACUUCACUGCACUGAUGGUGGUUGACAAAUACAACAAAAUCAUUCUUUUUUCUAUACAAUUUAAUCUUUAAAACAUCAUAAUGGUGUCUGGUUUUUUUUUGUGACUGAGAAGAAAUAUGUCAAAGAUACAGAAUUUGGGGGGCAAAGAAGUGUUGCUCUAGGAGUAGUGAAGGGGGUGCCACUCCUAUCUCACAGUUGGCCAGAUAGGCUGCACGCAGCAGCUUCACGUGUAAAAUCAGCAAUAGGUUUGCCUGCAAAUUUUGUCUCACCCAGUUAUUAAAUCCAAGGAAAGGAACCUAUCUGCCAGAUGCUUACUGCCCAAGUAGACCCAUCACCAUGUCAACAGGCUAUGCUCAAGUCUAACACAUGACAGCAAGCCCAUCGGGAUCUAUACAUGUCAGGGCUUUUGGCACACAACAGCAAAGCCUGAGUAGCUGAGUUUGGCUGUGCAACAAACACCAUCUAGCUGUGACCAGUCAGAGAGGAGAUCCCAGCCUGGUGGUGAGCUGCAGAAGAAGGUAAGACUGCGUGGCCACAGGUGGGCUGUGUUGUCUGCACAUGAAAGCAGUGAAUCGGUGUCAGCUGGAAGAUGCAGCAAGAGAGGCAGGGAGCUUGGCUUAAAGGUGAGGCAGAAAACAGAAGGAUAUGGACUAAUGCCAUUUUAAAGCCCUCUUUGGUGGUGGCAAUGACCGGCCAUGGUGUGUGUGAGAGGUAUGAAGAAUUUUUUCGAUGAGGGCAUCCCAUUUCAGGGUACUUCCAUUAAAUCAACUUCCUCAACUUUCAACAUCAACUCUGGGUAUCUUCUCACUGCAGAAGCCAGUGCAUCACUGGAGUUUAACAUUAGUAAUCUAGGUUUCGAAGAGGAGAAACCAGAGCAGAGUUAAGAACUCUUAAAGGGUUUGUAAGAAUCAUUGUUUACAUUCACGGGGAAACCACCGAGCAAGGCAAACAUAACAUAAUCUAAAAAAAUGUGUUGUUUUUGUUCUUUUUAAAAAGUAUCUGAGGUAGAAAGCAUGGUACUGUUUGUACUCAUGCGCGGGUACUGCCAGCCACAGUCCAAGAAGACACCAGUUCAACUUGUGCUCGCUCCCCAGAAAACCUCCUCCUUCUCCCCUAUAUUUCUUCCCACCGCAGAGCUGCACUAAUCUGCGUUGCAUAAAUACAGGAGGAAAAGUCUCAACAAAGAGGAACGGGUUAUGAAAUGAUUUUAUUUUCUUUCAGAUGAGAAAUCUGUGUCCUUCAGGACACUGCGGGGGUCUCAGGCUGGAAAAUCUUGUCAUCACAAAGGCUGAUUUCCUGAACGGGUGUCUUACAGGAAACUGGAUUUUCCAUGGGAGUUAUCCCUGUACUUUGGUGAGUGUUUUAGAGCAAUUAGAAAAAAUGGCAUAUGGGAAAGCUUUCAUAUUUUUAUAAUACGUUAAUGAUUAACUGACUUCCUACUUCUUUGUUGACUUAGUGGGAGAGUGACAAGGAACUGUGAGGUACCUAUUUGGUAGCGUAACAAGACAGACAAUUUGCAGGCGCGUUUCUUUCCACCUCCCUUCUGGAACUCGCUUCAUGCAGCUGACACUGCUUCAAAGCCUCAGGCAACUCGCAGACCCACAGAAGAAAUCAGUCCUAUCGGAGAUACAUAGAUGAAGUGGGAGGCCAAAAUGAUAAAAUUGCAGAUGUUGCCCUGCUUGGCUGGCAUUAAAAAACACACCAUCCUAUCUUCUUAUCAUUGGCAUCAGCUCCAGGACUGAAUGCCUCUCUCACUUCACAUGGCAAUUGUGCCUGCAACAGAGCAGAAGACCUCCAAAAGAUGAACUCCCUGGUCAGCAGCUCACACCUCCAGCUGGCUGCCUUUGCUCUUGGUACUGUAGGCUGGAUCCUGUGCACAGUUUCAAUGGGAACUGUGGAAUGGAGAGUGUGGCAUGUGGACAACACCACCAUCAUCUCCUCUGGUGUUGCAUGGGUGGGGAUUUGGAAAGUCUGCUUCAUCAGUUACCUUCAGGUCUCACCUGGCUAUAAAGAACAGUUCUGCCAUAAAUUCAGUGGUUAUGAAUCCUCCAUCCCAGCUGAAAUCUAUACUGCUCAGGGUCUCCUGUUGAUCGCCAUGUUCACAGGCUUGCUGGGACUGACUGCCACAGUCUUUGCUCUGAGGAAUGUUUAUAUGGGAAUCACUCACAAAAUUCUCAUUACCCGUUUCUUCCUGGUGGGUGGCUGCUUCUACAUAUUUUCUGGUCUGUGUGUCCUGAUUCCUGUGAGCUGGAAUUUCUACUCUGUAGCACAUAACCAGAGCAUUGCUUUUCCUCCAUCUUACUACAUGCCCUCAAGCCCAGCAGCACAGGAAGUCGGUGCUGCCAUUCCGGUUGGGAUUGUAGCUGUCGUCCUCCUGCUGCUAAGUGGGAUUUUUUCUCUCUUGUACAGAUUUCCGGUGACCACAAACGCUAUCACAAAAUGCUGACAGGAUAAAUCCCCCCAAGCUGUUUCAGAACAAGAGCAUAGUCAAGAGAUAAGGACAGCAGCACAAGCAGCUUUAUAAUCAAGGCACUGCAGAACUUUACUUUAGUCUAUAGGAGCCACACUAUUUUGUAUAUGAACCAGCUGAACUACUAUCUUAGUUGUCACAUAUGACCGGAGGCUCAUCUUUGAGAUGAGUGCUGAUGAACAACACCUGCAGUUAAGUUUUACCAGUUGUCCUCUUUUGUAUAUACAAACGUCACUGAUUAAUUUGUAUUUUGUGUAAGGUAUUUACCGUGCUCAAAGAGCUGACUCUGAACUAACUGUCCUGUUGGAAAGAUGUGAAAUAAGACGUUAAAUGUGAACUUGUUUCCUUGUUGGUACUAGGCUAUUUUGUCCAUUAUUUAAUUACCUUUGUAGCUAAGCAUCUUUUGUGACACAUCAAGACUUUUAACACCAAUAAUAUGAGUGUCAUCAUGGUUGUG